CUUUUCAUGAAGAUGGCGCCGAAGGCAAAGAAGGAAGCCCCUGCCCCUCCUAAAGCUGAAGCCAAAGCAAAGGCUUUGAAGGCCAAGAAAGCAGUGUUGAAAGGUGUCCACAGCCACAAGAAAAAGAAGAUCCAGACGUCACUCACCUUCCGGCGGCCCGAAACACUGCGGCUCAGGAGGCAGCCCAAAUAUCCUCGGAAGAGCGCCCCCAGGAGAAACAAACUUGACCACUAUGCCAUCAUCAAAUUCCCCCUCACCACCGAGUCAGCCAUGAAGAAAAUAGAAGACAACAACACACUGGUAUUCAUUGUGGAUGUCAAGGCCAACAAGCACCAAAUUAAACAGGCUGUGAAGAAGCUCUAUGACAUUGAUGUGGCUAAGGUCAAUACUCUGAUCAGGCCUGAUGGAGAGAAGAAGGCAUAUGUUCGACUGACUCCUGACUAUGAUGCUUUGGAUGCUGCCAACAAAAUUGGGAUCAUCUAAACUGAGUCCAGCUGG